AUGGAGGAAGCCAAUGUGGCCGAGGAGGCCGUGCAGAAUGCCGCACAAGAAGAGCACGCAAAUGAGAAAAAGGGGCAAAAUGAGGAGAACGCGCCAAGUGGAGAGAGCGCACCAAAAGGAGAGAGCCCACCUAGUGGAGAGAGCCCACCUAGUGGAGAGAGCCCACCUAGUGGAGAGAGCCCACCAAGUGGCGAAAAUGCCCCCGCUGGAGGAGAAGGAGAAAAUUCCCCAAGUGGAGAAAAGACAUUCACAGCAGAAGACUUCCAAUAUGACGAAAACAAAAUCGUUUACACAAAGAAUGAAUUCCUAUACGCAUAUGUUGAACUGAUCCUGCAUGAGAAGGGGUUGGGGGAGGACCAUGAUGUCCCCCUAUGUAGCAACCAGUUUAAGUUCCCCGAGUUAUUUAAUGACAUAAGAAAAGGGGACGAUGAAAAUAACCACUUAGGAGGUGAAGAAGGAGAAAAUGGUCACAACAAAAGGAACGCAAUUGGAAAUGAGGAGGAUGGAAAUGUCUACAAUAAACAUCAUCACUUCAGAAAUUUUGCAGAAAGAGCAGGUGCUCCUUCAGGUUUUUACAACAACGAAAUUGACAGAGGAAGAAUAAGAAAUGACUUUUUCACGAGGGAUGGAAAUAACUUUAUGAACAAAAAUAAUAUCCAUGAUUCGACUGACUCGAACAAUACGCUAAAUAAUAUGAACAAGAGGAGUAACCAUUUGAUGAAGAAUAACAAAUUUAGCAAGUUCUUCGAUGCAGGCGGUGCAGGGAGUGCAGGCGGUGCAGGUGCGCUUAAUGUUAGCGGCGGAAACCACAGCGGUAACCCCCCUUAUGGAGGUUCAAAAAACCAGUUUGAGGCUGGCCUAGGGGAAGGAGCCAACAGGAACAGCUUCGCCAGAAAGACGAGCUUCCAUGGGGAUGGAAACAACCCAGCCUUCAUGGGCCAAAACAAUGCCGGGAAUAAUAACGCCUUGGGAAGUGGACCCAUAGGAAGCAACCCCAUGGGCGGAGCAGGAGGAGGAGGAAGUGGCCUCCUUGGAAGCAACAAUGGAGCGAACAAAAAUUUGUGGAGGGAAUACGACAAGGGUAUUUCCUCAUGGAGGUCCUCCAAAACAAACAAGACAAACGAAAAUGUGAAAAAUGAUCCAAAGAUAAGAAGUCCUGUCAAAGGGUUUAGCAAAAGUUUUGUAGAUAAUAUAAAAAUGACGUCCCCUUCUACACAAAAUUCAGAUGAUGAAAAUGAAAAUAAUAACGACAUGGUCAGGAACAUGAACAGGAGUAAUAACUACUCGAAGGACAGAGGACCCAUGCACAUGAAGAGGGAGGAAAUGUUCAGCGACCACCCCUUUGCUUACAAAAACUUGAAUAUCACGAAUCCCAUGGGGCAAAUGAACAACAGUGGUGCUUUUGUCGGCCACUUUAACAACGCCACUGCUGCGGGUGCUGCUGGCGUUUCUGGCGGCGCUUCUUCUGCUGGUUAUGGCUACCACUUGGGAGGCAACUCCAUGGGGCGCCAUGCACAAGACAAUGACGGAGUACGUAGCAACGCAGCGGGGGUGGGAGACACCUCGAACAAAAGAUCAGUGGAGAAUGCUCCUGGCUUGUUAAACCCUUCGAGUGGGCAAAAUAAAAACUUCAACUUUACCUCCCCCCCUUCUGCAUUUUAUGGCAAUAAAGGAAUUGGAAACAGCAGUGGACCUAAGAAGGGUUACAACGACCUGCACACCAUGAUCGGUACGAACGCUACGGGCAGCUCUGCAGCCUUCCUUGCAUCUAGUAGCGGCAUGGCAGGCAGCAACAAUGUCAACGCAGCUGACGAUUGGAAGGGGAAGAAGUAUAAGAAGCUCCUCGCCAGUGGAAGCAACGCAGAGCAGCAACAGCACCUGUCGCAACAAUCGCAACAGUCGCAACAGUCGCAGCAAUCGCGCAUGGGGGAAGAGAAGGCCAAGAGAGGAGACGGCCGAAAUGAAUUUUCCAAUAUGUUUAUGAACAAGGGUAACGAGUCCAGCAAGCUAAACAUGCAUGGCAUGGGGUCCAUGCACGAGAUGAAUUUGUACAAUUAUGGUGGGAACAGUGGCAGUGGAGCAUCUGCUCUCGCGGGAGGGAUGCACCCAAACUUGAGUCACAAUGUGAAGGGCAGUGGAGCCGCCAAUUUGAGCAGUGCAGACUUGAUUAGUAGUGACCUGGCGGAUGGAAGGGGCAACCACAGCAUCGACGAAAUGAAUAGGAGUGGGGCAAAUGACACAUCCGAUGCGCUGCUUAACAGCAUGGGGAGGAAGAUGGGGAGAGGUGGAGCAGGAGGAGCGGCAGGCAGCUUCUCAUCGGCCCACGAAACGGUGAGGGGUCUACCUGGCCACGCCAAUGUAAGCGGCGGAAACAAUCAGAGCGGAAUUGGCAACACCCCCUUUAAUGCCAACAGAAAUGCGAAAGGAAACCAAAAAAGAGACACCAAAAAUGAGAAGAACGUAAUGGAGGAUGAUUGGAGCAACAUAAGGAGAAAGUCCAGCUUUGUUGACAAUAAAAAGGCAACGGAUGAUUUCAUGUGGCACAAGAUGAGCGAGCAGUUUGAUAAGAACAAUAAGAUGUCCUUCGACUCGGUUUACCUCAAAACGGAUCAGAACAUCGCGGCCACCUUAAGUCGAGGUCGAAACUAUGAUCACAGCAGUGUCGGGGGAGCGAACACUGGAGUGAAGAAUGAAAGGAAGGACGGUACAGAGGGUAGUAACCACACUUUUGGUGGCAACGUUGGAGGUAACGUUAGCGGCAAUGCCUUUUCUGCACUGAAGGCGAAGAAGGCAAACGAUGGCUCCUUGCUGGGUGUUACACCCAACAGUGGAGGGUUGAAGUCGACCGAGCAGCAGAAGGGCGCCGCCAAGCUGCACCCCUCGGCGGAGGACAAACCUGGCGAUGCAAGCGGAAACAACAAGCAAACGGCGGAAAAAAGCAAAAAGAAGAAGAAGAAGGGAGAUAAAGAUGGUGGAAAGGGUGGCGAAAAGGGUGGCGAAAAGGGCGGCGAAAAGGGCGGCGAAAAGGACAAGGAAAACGACAAGCAAAACGGAAAGCAGAACGGCAAGCAGAACGGCCAGCAAAACGGCCAGCAAAACGGCCAGCAAAACGGCCAGCAAAACGGCCAGCAAAACGGCAAGGACAUGCGCAACGCACAGGGAGCGGAAGACCACAACAGACAAAUGAAAGGCCCCGGGGAAAAUAUAAAAAUGAUGAACCCUAAAGACACAAGUAAUGAUAAUAUAUAUAAUUCAUUUCAUGAAGAAAAUAAUUCUGCACUUCAUGAAAGUAGCUACUAUAAAUUUUCCCUUAAUGAAAAAAAAUAUGUCCAUAAGAAUAAUAACCCUAACCCUAACCCUAACCCUAACCCUAACCCUAACCCUAACCCUAAUGUUAAUGUUAAUAUUAAUACAAAUAAAAAUAAAAAUAAAAAUCUUAACGAAAAAAAGGAACUCAUUUUUAAUAAAUUAUAUGAUGUUGAUAAAAUCAAUUUACAGGAAGAACAUAGGGGAAUGAUGAUGGUUGCCCAAAAAAUCGAUGAGCACGACUUAUGCAGAGAGUCCAGUCAGCAGCCCUACCGCAUCAUGGGUGCCUCUCCCUCCACGCAUCAGCAGCAUCAGCAUCAGCAGCAGCAGCAGCAGCAGCAACAGCAUCAGCAUCAGCAUCAGCAGCAACGACAUACCUAUGGCGGCCUACUCCCAACGCACGGUACCAUCAUCGGAAAAACGGACAAGCGGAACAUGUUUGACAUCAAUAAGAAUGCCAAACCGGGUUAUCCCUUCCAGGAAAAGGAGAGCAGCAGCACCAUGAACGAACGCUACUUCCUAGCCAAUCGAUACGCCAAGUAUGACCAAUUUAAGAACAGGAAAAUUUCGGAAGACAGGGACAGCAUGAUGGGCAGCAUCCCACAGGAGAGUCUCCUGCAGAAGAUUAAACGGAAGAACAUGAGCUCUGUACACAGCAUGAAUAAUGUGAGUAGCGCGAAUGAUGUUCGUUGUGCGAACAAUGUGCACAGUGUGGAUGGAGCAGACCACACCAUCAAUCUGAUCAACAGUGGUGCGAACGGUGGCCUUUACCCCCACCAGAACAACCACGAAGAGCGCGGAGGCACCCUCCCCAUCAGUUACAUGAAUCAGCAGUUUAACCCAAAUCAGCUCGUGAACAAACGAAACGGCAGUUUAGUCGACCUGUCCAGUAGCCCCAACUGUAUGGACGAAUCGGUCAGCAGCAGUAACAUAUCGUACCUCCUGUCCGUCAUGAACAACGCAGAGGUAUCAGCAGCAGCGGCGGCAGCGGCAUCAUCAGCGGCAGCGGCAGCGGCAGGCGGUGUCACCGUCAUGAGACCCACGCCGACCACUACGAACAGGAGCGGAAACGCCCUCUUUACCAAUGCAGUGAAGGGUGGAAGACCCUCCCACCCCAAUGUAAGCCAACCACAUAUGACCAACCAAAAGUACUACUCCACACCAAAUAUUAACAGAAGCAGUGAAGAAGGUACAGUAGACAAAGAACAGUUAAUGCUGAUGGAAAAACAAAAUAUGCUCUUAAAAAAAAUUAUGAGUAAAAUUAAAAUGGAGGAAAAUAUGUACAACAAAUUAAGCGAAAGUGAAAAAGAAGAAUUGCUAAAGGAGCUAGCUUUAACGAAUUCGAAAAUUGUGGACCCAUAUGGAUAUUCGCAGGAAGAUAGUACAUCCCCCCUGCUUAGCAUGAUGGGAAAAAAUCUGUAUCACUCGGCUACGGGAACUACUAGUGGUACCCUUGAAGGGACACACCUGAAUUUGAAGACCACGACCAGUAGUAUGGACCUUAUGAAGCACAUGUAUGGAAGUAGUGCCGGUGUGAAGGGUAGGAACAGUAGAUCCAAUGUGGGCACAACAAACGUUGCUGCCUCCCCCUUCGGGAAUGACUACACCAAAGGGGGGGUAGACGACGAACUGGCUCGCUAUAGCCACCACGGUGAAGACAACGGAGAUGAUGGAAAUAAGGACCAGUGUAACAUGAAAAAUAAUAUUAAUCAUAUGAACAGAAGUGAGGUCUUUUCUUACUCCCAGGAAGGGGAGUUCGCUGGGCACCAUCUCCAUUAUGAGGGUGGAAAGAGCAGGGCGGCAUUAGACGAGGGAGAGAAGGAAGGCCAUUCGGGUAAAAUUGCUGGUGGCCACUCGACUAGCCACGCAAAUGCCUCCCCCCCAGCGCAGAGUGAGGAGAAGAGCUCCCUCAUGAAUGUAAGCAGGUGGCUAAAAUACUUCAGUAGAGGUAAGGGGAGCGACCAGGUGGAAGGAGCCCAUGUGUCAGCGAAGGAGAAGGCCAUGCAGAUGAAUGAAGUGCAUCACGUGCACGACAGCAAUGAGGGGAGUUGCACCGAUAAGGGGACUCCACCCGGAGGAGGAGCGGUAGCAGCAGGAGGAGCGGCGGCAACGGCAGCGGCAGCAGCGGCAGGCGGGGUGACCAACAGAUAUAGUUAUAACACCCAUGGAGUAAUGACCCAUGGAGUAAUGACCCAAGGUAGAGGAGCCCCACAGAAAGGUCACAACAACAGCAAUGCGGACUACACGGGAGAUUCCUCAACCCAUUUGCAUGAAGAACCAAAUGGUGUAAAAAACAUGCUCGGUGGUAUGAAAGAGGAGAAGAAAGGUCAGCCAUACGACAGGGUUGAUAUUUCCUCCCCUCCCUGUGCUCCUAACGAAAAUGUUAGCAGUGGAAUGCCCACAGGGCGUAACCACGUAGGGGAUUUUUCUCGCAAAGGAAUGAACUCCCUUGAAGAAGGCGCACACAAAAAUGGUGACAACCAGAGUAGUGGGGACUUGUCCAACAAUCACUACAUACAUAUCAUGAACAGAAUAAAUAAAAUCAGAGGAGAUGUAUGGCAAUAUAAAGACCCUGCAGGAAAUGUGCAAGGCCCCUUUUCAUCCGAGUUGAUGUUCUACUGGUGGUCCCUGAAAUACUUUCCACAAAAUCUACCAAUUCGAUUUAAUGAAAAUAUGCCAUGGAUUAGCUUCAACGAUAUGUUUCCACCUGGGACGUUUCCUUUUGUUUUUCCACUGACCAGUUUUAAUAAAAAUAAUUACAAUAUGGUGAACAAGGACAACGAGCAUUCAUCCGUUCAGCAGAAUAGCGACCUUGUCAAUAGUAUGGAAGGCUUCAAGGCGAGGUCCUCUUUGGAGACCGAAUCUUUAGGAAAGAAUCGCCUAAAUAACGGUGGCCAACAGAUGAGCGACACGAACAACUACCUCUACGCGAAUGCCACUGCUAGCCAUUUGAGCGGAUUGAACCGCCUGAACCAGUUGAACCACAUGAACCACAUGAACCAUAUGAACCAUUUAGCGAAGAACCCAAGGGGGGGGAUACCGACUCCUGCGGAGGGAACAACAACAACAGCGAACUGCAUGUACAAUGACAAAGAGUUUGGAGAUGUCCGUGAUGUAGAGAAACCCAAAUCGGAAGGCCUCAUACCAGUGAGAGGAGAGAGAGAUACCCCGAGAAGGGCAGUCAAUUCCACCAGUAGUGGUACCAGUGCUCGCACCGAUAAGGAGGGGACAGACAUGGAAAGGUACCUCCUCUCGGAAGACGAUCGUGACCAUCAUGUCAAAACAGCGACUCAGACAUACAAGGCGAAGGGAAACGUGCAGAGUCAGAGUCAAAGUGAAGGUCGAGGUCAGAAUAAUUACGCGGGCGCGCAUCACUCGGUAGCAGUACCCCCCAUCUCCACCUCCGCAUCGAUAGGGGCGAAGAAGCUUCCUGCAAAUUACAAAGACGGAGGAAGCCUCAUGGAUAAUUCGUCACACCACACCAGAGCCGAUGUUAGUAGAUUCCCUUCGAAUGGCCCCCGUCACGACACGAAAUUACCCUGUGGAGAGAAAGGAACAAAUGCCACACACGAAGAAGCAGAUCAGGAUCAGGAUCAGGACCCCUUUUCCAGGACAAUCAGGUGGAUGCCGGAAAAGCUGACCAAUUUUCCAAAGAUGUUCGAAUUUGCACUUAACGGAGAGGGGGAAGGAGGAGAGGAGGAACAAAAAGAGAUACAAAAAGAGGAAGCAGGGGGGAAGAAGUUCCCAUCAGGUGGAGACCCGUCCCAACUGAACAACAGUAGUGUGGCUCUCCGAAACAAGAGUCAGCACAGAGCUGGGCAUGAAGAAGAAGAAAAAAAAGUGUCCAAAAAAUUGCGCGACAACAACAGCGGUAGCCUUAAUGACAAGCAAAUGAAGAAAUACGCGGCUAGUCAUGCUCCUAAUGCGAAGAGCGGCAACGACCAACCCUGUGAUAAGCUCAACACACAGAGUAAAAGUAACCACGUGGUGAUGAGUGACGACACGCUACCCUCUCUAACCGAGGCAAACUCCAAACGAAGCGUAGCCAACCAUGAGGGGGGUGGAAAGGCGAAAACGAAGGCAAAGACCAAAACGGGCCCGUCCACUGUCGGAAGCGGAAAACAAGCUAAGGACGGCAAGACAACUGCGGGGAAGCUGGAGGAGGAAGAGAGCACCAGCGAGGGAUACGCCACUAUGAAGAAGGACAAAAAGGGAAAAAAGGGAAAGCGCGAAAAGGGAGAAAAGGCAGAAAAGGGAGAAAAAGCAGAAAAGGCAGAAAAGGCAAACAAGAACGAUAAAACCGAUAAAGCAGAUAAGGUGGAAAACACACAGAAGAAGCGAAACAAGACCAACGAAAGUGGAAAGGCAAAGGAAAAGAGCCACCAUCAGAUGGAUGAGACGACACAGGUGGAUGGGCAGUCUGACCCGGGGACCAAUGCGAUCACGGCACACUGGGAGGAGGCAAAGAAAAAGCGAAAAGGCGAUGACAUAGGUAAGGUCAAAGCUGAUGAGGGCGAAAAGGAAGUAGCGAAAAAGAGUAACAACGCCAAAAAGAAGAAAAAGGAAAGUGGUGCAGAGGUGGUAGGUAAGAAUGGAGAAGCGCCCCUGCCUCAGCAAUCGGAGUUCGAGGAACAGCACCACCGCGAGAAGAAAGCCAAGAAGGAGGGAAAGAAGGCGGACGCCAGCAAAGCGGGAACUCCCAUCGCACCAAGCGCGGUGAGCGCAGUCAACCCUGUAAGCACGGCCAGCGAAGUCAACGCAGUCAGCUUGAUCAACCCAGUAAGCACCGCCAGUUCGAGCAACCUUAAGGGGACCGAAAAAAAAACGGAAAAAAUGAAGUGGAGUAUAACAGGCGAGAGAAAAAUAGACAAACUGGUGGAUAUCAUGAAAGGAGAAGAAAAGAGUGUAAAUAUGAAGAUCAAAAUUGAAAACUCCAAAAAGAAGAUGACAGCAAGUGCCAACGGAAACAACGCAAGUGGUGCCAAUGGCACGGUGAAGAAAUCCGGCUGGGAUGUCUCCUUCAGCACAAGUGUGAAAAAUUCGGAUAAUGUAAAUUUUCCGCAUUUGUCUACAGGGGGAGGAAACAAACAAAGCAAAGCAAAGGCUGGGGCGAAGGGCAGCCUGUCAAGUAAAGUAAGCUCCCCGAACAAGGACACUGCAAACACAACUGCUAACGGUAGUGCUGGAAGUCUUGUCCCUUUCUCGUUGGCAGUCGAUAACAAUAACGCCAAAGGAGGUCUAGGCGUGAAGAGCAGCAGCAUAGAUGUAUCUAGUAAAAAACAGAGUGAGAAGAAAAAAUGGAAAAGCGAAAGCGGCGAUGUGCAGCCGAGCGAGGAGGACAAGAAGUUCCCGCCUCUCCUGAAUUCUGCGUCUGUCAAAGUCGAAAGCACCAAGAAGAAAACGAACAGCCCCCCCGAGCGGGAACUAACAGACCUGAAGCAACUGACGAGCCUGUGCAAGCUCCCCCUGGACGACUCCCUUUUGAACUUUUUAAAGAACUUCAAGAAGGCCGAAGAAAUUUACGCCUUCCUACAGCACAGCGUGGAAGAUAAAAAGAAGUUGAGUCAGUUUGCCAAGGAGUUUAUAAAAAUAAACAGCAAGAAUGACGUGAGUGGCCAAGCUGCCAAGAAGAAGAAAUAG